GUUCUUUUACUUUUUUUCAAUUAUCGAGCAGAGAGAGAGAGAGAGAGAGAGAGAGAUGGAGAACACGGCGAUCCUGAGGGAGUGGUUCGAGAGAGUGGACUCGGAGAAUACUGGAAGCAUCACUGCUCCUCUGCUCAAGAGAGCUCUCGCUGUUGGGAACCUCGAAUUCCCUCUCUCUGUCGUUCAGCAGAUGAUCAGGAUGUACGAUUUUGAUAGGAACGGCACCAUGAGCUUCGAUGAAUUCGCUGCGCUCAACAAGUUCCUUCUCAAGGUUCAACAAGCUUUCUCUGACCUAGAGAGAGCUCGCGGAUACAUUGUUCCGGAUGAAGUGUACGAGGCGUUGGUGAAGAUUGGUUUCUCAUUGGACACUCCUGCUUUUUACACAGUUUGCGAGAGCUUUGAUCAAAAGAAGAAUGGGAGAUUUCGGCUGGAUGACUUCAUAUCUCUUUGUAUAUUUUUACAGUCUGCUCGGAAUUUAUUCAAUUCAUUUGAUACAGCAAAGCAAGGCAGGGUGACUCUUGAUCUCAACCAAUUUGUCUACUGCACUGCGAAUUGUAGAAUAUGAAUUCAACUUCAGAGUACCAGGCAAAGUUGACCAGAUGCUGUACAAUGUCUUUGUACAUUUUGUCGGAUGUUCAUGAAUAUAUUUCAUUUUUCCUGGAAUUGAGUAGAUUGUUUUAUAUGUGGCUCAUACUGAAAAAUGCUUAUUUGAAUAAUGUUACCGUAAUAUUUUAGAUGGUGAAAUUCUUUUC